AUGGUGCUUGCCGGGCCUGCGUUGGGCGUGGGGCCCCAGCUCCGGCGGCUUAAGGCGGGACCAGCGCUUGUCCCGGCCUGCCUGACCGCCGACCGCGUGCGAGGCCUGCACGGCGGGCCUGGCCUUGAGGAAGGGGCCGCAGACGCGGCCGGCAAGGGGCACCCGGAGUCAGGCACUGCAGAUCAUACUGCUCCCAAGUUUGACAUCGAUGUGCUGGUUUCACUUCUGAGGCAAGAAAAUGCAAGAGACAUUUGUGUGAUCAAGGUUCCUCCAGAAAUGAAAUAUACAGAUUACUUUGUGAUUGGUAGUGGAACUUCCACCCGACACUUACAUGCCAUGGCCUACUACAUUGUGAGAAUGUACAAAUACCUGAAAAGUAAAAGUGAGCCUCAUGUUAAGAUCGAAGGGAAGGACACUGAUGACUGGCUCUGUAUGGAUUUUGGCAACAUGGUGAUUCACUUGAUGCUUCCAGAAACCAGAGAAACCUAUGAAUUAGAGAAAUCGUGGACCCUACAUUCUUAUGAUGACCAGUUAGCUCAGAUAGCUCCUGAAACAUUACCUGAAGACUUCAUUCUUGGAUUAGAAGAUGACACUUCUUCCCUGACUCCAGUGGAGUUCAAAUGUGAAUAAAUGCGCUGCUUCAGUCA